GUUGACAACCUUCCCGUUGAGCUACUUUCGACGAUAUUCACCCUCGGGCGCGAAGCGCAGCUCGUUCGUGACGAAGACUUAGACGAGGAUGACCGCGACCCUCAGAAGCUAGAGCCCGCCUUCGAGGUGGUCGUCUCUCAUGUCUGUCGGCACUGGAGGCACGUUGCUUUGAACCAUAGCUCUCUAUGGCGAUACAUUCUAUUCAAAGAUACGUCCCACAUUUCCCGCGGAGUUACCUACGUGGCCCGCUCCCGCAAGCAGCCCCUAGACAUCGUCAUCGACACGCCUACACUCGAAAACCAGAUUCCGGGCGUGACGAUUAGUCGACAAGACAUCGAUACGGUUGCCGACAUCAUCAUACCCGAAUCUCAUCGCCUCCGCAGUGUACGGCUCAUGUACCGCGACGAGUACUGCAAGAACGCCGUUUCCUCGCGUAUAGCCAACGGAACGCCCGCGCCAUUACUCGAGCACAUGGAGCUUUAUUACUUUGAGGACUGGAAGAAGCCUCAGCGCGUCCACAUCUGUUGCGACAAUGUCACGAUCUUCGGUGGCGUUACCCCACGGCUAAGGGAGCUAUCGAUCAUCGGAGUUGCUAUCCCGUGGAUGCAGUCCCGGACCUGGAUACGAGGCCUUCGAUCGCUGCAAAUCAAGCUUCACGCUAACCAUGUCCGACCGUCGUUCGAGGCGUGGCGGACGAUGUUAGCCGAUAGUCCCAACCUCGAAAAGCUCUCGUUGCACUACAGCGGCCCCCGGGAAGACGACGUCUGGACCACGCCCCCCAUCACGGUACCAUCGCUCGUUGAGCUGGAUCUGGGCGACAUGGGCUGCGACUACCUCCUCCGUUUCUUCGAUCAUUUCUCUGCCCCGAACGUGACGACGCUCCGAGUCGAACUCGACGGUGAAGAGUAUACAGCAUUCAUGAAGCGGGCGUCG